AUGGCGCCCCUGCUCGGCGAGAUCGCGCCGAACUUCAGCGCGGAGACGACGCACGGCCCGAUCGACUUCCACACGUACAUCGAGUCGUCGUGGGCGGUGCUAUUCUCGCACCCCGCCGACUUCACGCCAGUGUGCACGACGGAGCUAGCGCGAGUGUCGCAGCUGCUGCCGGAGUUCGAGGCGCGCAACGUCAAGGUCCUGGCACUGUCCUGCGACGACCUGCAGUCGCACACGGGCUGGCUGGCGGACAUCUCCGCCUACGGCAAAGGCUGCCCUAUGGGCCCUAAGGGCGAGGGUUUCCCGAUCAUCGCCGACGCCUCCCGCGACGUCGCCAGGCUCUACGGAAUGAUCCCCGCCGACCACCCCGUCGAUGACAAGGGCAUGCCCAUGACCGUGCGCUCCGUUUUUGUUGUCGGCUUGGAUAAGAAGAUCAAGCUUAGCUUGACCUACCCGGCGAGUACCGGCAGGAGCUUCGACGAGAUUCUCAGGGUCAUCGACUCGCUGCAGCUCGCCGUUAGCCACAAGGUCGCUACCCCAGUCGACUGGACGAAGGGCAAGGACUGUGUCGUGCUCCCGUCCGUGUCUAACGAUAAGGCACAGGAGCUGUUUCCGAAGGGAUUCAAGCCCGCGGAACUGCCCAGUGGGAAACAGUACUUGAGAAUGACCCCUCAGCCGGACCUUUAAGAGAGUUGCUACGUCCUUAGACACCUGCUGCGUCGCACAGCUUGCAUUGCUAGUUGAAGGGAAAGAUUACUUAGAAGUAGCGGCGUAAAGUUUACAGAUUUCCCGUCGUUGUUUGACGGUCUCAUGGUAA